AAGAUAAUUGAAAAUGAAUCUUGAUGUGAAUGGAAUGGGAGAGGGAGCGGGAGAUGGGAGGGGUGUGGGUGGGAGGAAAAAGCCAUUGUAAUCCAUAAACUGUACUUUUGAAAAUUAUAUUUACUAAAUAAAAGUUAAAAAAAGAUGCUCAUGCUACAAACUUGUCAAUGGAUCUGAGUUCUUGAUUUCAAUCUUGUAUGACUAUCUACCUAAUAAGCAAGUGGCUGCUCUCAUCUUUACUGCUAUGUCACAUCGAACAUGACUGAGUCCUAGUGACUACAUUCUGCAGAAUCUAUUUUUUCAUCCUCCUCAUCACUCCUAGCAUCGUGUUAUACAUAGACGAGGCACUUUACAUGUAUUUCAAUCACCUGGAGAAAAUUUUAAAAAGGUUUUUGUAGUUGAAAUAAUUGAAUUUACUUGAAGUUUUUGAUUCCUCCAAAACAAUUUCCAGUAACACUAAAUAAAAUUAAAAAUAUACUGUGAUAAGAUUAUGAUUUUCUGUCAAGCCCUUCUCCAGUAUAAAUGCUAUAAAUACUAGUAAACACUUUUUUCAUUUUCAUUUUAUUUCAGGAGAUAACCAGUGAGGACAUGGACAAGAAAAAUGCAACUUUGCUGACAGAAUUUAUUCUUACAGGACUUACCUAUCAACCUCAGUGGAAAAUCCCCCUGUUCCUGGGGUUCUUGCUGAUCUAUCUCCUGACUAUUUUUGGGAACCUGGGACUUAUUGCUCUCAUCUGGAGUGACUCUCACCUUCAUAUCCCUAUGUAUUUGUUCCUUGGGAGUUUAGCCUUUGUUGAUGCUUGGAUUUCAUUUACAGUGACUCCAAAGAUGCUGGUCAACUUGUUAGCCAAGAGUAAGAUGAUAUCUCUCUCUGAAUGUAUGAUACAAUUUCUUUCCUUUGCAUUUGGUGGAACUACAGAAUGUUUCCUCUUGGCAACAAUGGCAUAUGAUCGCUUUGUAGCCAUAUGCAAACCAUUGCUUUAUCCAAUGAUUAUGACAAAUAGACUAUGCAUUCGGCUAAUAGCCUUGUCAUUUGUAAGUGGUUUUGUUCAUGCUUUAAUUCAUGAAGGGUUUUUAUUCCGAUUGACCUUCUGUCAUUCCAACAUAUUACAUCACUUUUACUGUGACAUUAUUCCUUUAUUUAAGAUUUCCUGUACUGAUCCUUCCAUUAAUUUUCUAAUGGUUUUCAUUUUGUCUGGUUCAAUUCAGGUGUUCACCAUUGUGACUGUUCUUGUCUCUUAUACAUUUAUUCUCUCUACAGUCCUAAAAAAGAAGUCUGAAAAGAGCAUGAGGAAGGCCUUCUACACCUGUGGAGCCCACCUCUUGUCUGUCUCUUUGUACUUUGGCCCUCUUCUCUUCAUGUAUGUGUGUCCUGCAUCUCAACAAGCAGAUGAUCAAGAUAUGAUGGACUCUUUAUUUUAUACAAUCAUAAUUCCUGUGUUAAAUCCAAUUAUCUACAGUCUGAGAAAUAAGAAAGUCAUAGCCUCACUGUCACAAAUAUUACAUAGAUACAUACACUAGUAUCUCUUUUUAGUAUUGUCACAGGACUUUCAUUAUUAGACGUGGCUUCGGGUAAGAAUUCAAAGUUUUUAUAAUUACAACUACCCUCAAAGUUUAAUAGCUUAGUUAUUAUAAUAAAUGUACUAUUUAAAAUAUUGGUAUUUUUAAUUUGAAAAAAACAAGGAAUGUUAAUCAAGUGUUUAGGUAGUCCUAGAAUAAUUAUAUAGGAAAACAUUUAUUAUUUUAUAUGGUCCCUAGUAUGGCUUUACUAAUACAGUAAUGCUAAAAUUGCAUAUUUCUUAUAAAAAACAUGAUUAGAAUACAGAAAACAGCUUACAGGGUUGGAGGGGAUGGAGCCUCAUAUCACACUUAGUCCAUUUUGGUGGCAUUCGUGUGUGGUUGAGCAAAUGGAGACCCUGAGAAAUCUACUAGCCCUUUAAAUAUUUUUUAUCCUGACUUGUUGGAAAUUUUUUAUUCUCUUAUAGGAAUUCUACUCCCAAACCAUUUAGAGAAAUAAACAGACAUGUAAAUGCAAUCUUAGAAAAAAUGAGACAGUGAAAGCAGGGCCAAAUUGUUAAGAGGACACCCUUAGCUCAGUAUAUGAGUAAUGAGAAGAGGUAAGUUUCCA